AAUGACUGCGCCGUGUCUUAUCUAAGCAUGGCACCAUCCGGCCUGGAGCAGGUGCUACUCACGCCGCCUAUUGACGCUGGAUGCACUGCCGAGGCCGUGUAUGGUGCUUGUUACAAGCGUGUCCCGCUCCAAAACAUGAAGUUUUACCAGCGUUUCCCUCAGGAUGAAGAGCUCGUCCGGGAGAUUGUUUUACACUUGUUUGAGAACUGGCUGGAUUUCGAUACAAAUCCUUUAAAUGCACUGAUGCACGAGCCUAUCUACUGUCAGGGUGCGGCAUCAAACUGGGCAGCACAAAAAGUAAGAGAUGAACUGGAUGAGCAGUUUGAUCCAGUCUUUGCUGCAAAACAUAGCGAGCCCGUUCUUUUCACGGGAGAGGUGCCCAUGUACGUAAAUGUGAACUUGUCAGAGGCGACGGCUGCGUCCAUACCAAGAAUAAGGCUGUGGAUCACUAACGAGUUCAUGCAAGAUGGCUAUCAUCUCCUUGCGAUGCUAAAAGGACUUUCCUUUUAA